AUGUAUUCUCUCAACUACUAUAUGAAGAACCUAAGGUACAGAUCAGAAGGCAGACUCCAUCAAUUGGCGCCAUCUGCGGGAAAAAGCUUCAAAAUUUCAAACGAGAAGGAGAUUUUUUUUAACUCAAACAAAUUUCUUAUUGAAGGAAUGACUUUUAACGGAUUAAACAUCAAAAACAAGCAAAUUAACACGCAUCACUAUCCACCGGAGAAGAAACAAAAGAUGCAGGAACCUAGAAUAUUGUCGGCGGUGACAUUCGACGACGAUGAUUUUGGAAGAAUCAAUCAUGCCAAUAAUGAUGUCCUGGUGUCAGCUAUGAUAAUUGAACAUUGGAACAUGGAAAGGAUAUUAAUCAAUAAAGGAAGCGCUAUCAACUUAAUGACAAAGAAAGCCUACGAGAGCCUCAGAAGAGUCGUCGUAGAAUUAAAAAGGAACGCCACCCCGUUAACAGGAUUUGGCGGACCUCCCAUCAGACAUAUGGGCACGGUCAUCCUAGAUGUGAAACUGGGAAAAGAGAGGAAAGAUGAAGAACUACCAAUGCGAUUCAGCAUCGUAGACAUUGAUCUACCAUACAACGCCAUCCUGGGGAGACAAUUCCUCCACGACUCGGCCGCAAACAAGUAUAAAAGCUCUUACAAUGAAGAUACCUACAAAAACAGGAAUUAUCAUAAUCAAAGGAAGCCAAGCUACCGCCAAACAAUGCUACGAGAAAUCGGUGCAGGAAUCAUUCGAAACAAUGCCAAUCGAAGAAAUCUUGAACCACGAAAUAGAAGAAAAAGAAAGUGUCCCCAACGGCGAGAUGAAAAAUUGGAGCUGAAUGAAGAGAAGAAGAAAGUUGGAUUCAUCAGGGAAGUACUUUACCCAGAAUGGGUAGCCAACGUAGUAAUCGUGAAAAAGGCUAAUGGGAAAAAAUGGAUGUGCGUAAAUUAUACCGACUUGAACAAAGCUUGCCCAAAAGACAGUUACCCCCUACCCGACAUAAACCAGUUAGUCGACUCAAUAAUAGGACAUGCCAUAUACAGCCUAGCCUUCACCGCCCAAGGCUAUCAUCAAAUACCUAUGAAACAAGAGGAUCAAGAAAAAACAUCGUUCAUUACAGACGGGGGGACAUAUUUCUACACGGCAACGCCUUUCGGACUAAAGAAUGGAGGAGCAACAUAUCAGAGGCUGAUAAAUUUCAUGUUCAAAGACAAAAUAGAAAACGAGUCCAAGUAUACGUAG